CCAUGUCUCACUCACAUACAUUCCCUUCACUCUUCCUCUCUUCCAUAUAUUUUCCCUUCAUUUUUCCUUGUUUUUCACGAAUCUUUGGGUUCUUCUUUUUUUGUUGUUUCAGUUCCUUAAUCUUUGGGUUUCAAAGAAAAAAAAAGCAGAGUACUCUGUAAAUUCCUCUGGUUGGAAUUUUGAACUCUCUCCUCUUACAUUAACAUUAACAACCAAACACUUGUUGGGUUUUGAGUUUCUUUUAAUUACCUUAAUUUCCAAAAAUGGUGAGUUUCAUUGAAGAAAGACCAAAGAACAUCGCCGCCGGUCAAAACAUGGUCUCUGAUCCAAAAUCAGCACAGAAACCACCGGCACCACCUGGUUUUAUAUCCAUUUCCAGAAAGAAAUUGCUUCAAAACCUUGAAAUCAAUGCCGGAGCUAGAGUUAAUUCAUGGGUCGAUUCCAUGAGAGCUUCUUCUCCAACUCAUAUGAAAUCAGCACCGUCCAUUGCUGAUGAUCAAGGUUCCUGGAAUCUAAACCAUCCAUCAGCACUAGAUAUGUUCGAACAGAUAAUCGAUGCAUCAAAAGGGAAACAAAUCGUAAUGUUUCUUGAUUACGAUGGCACUCUUUCACCAAUCGUAGCCGAUCCAGAUCGGGCUUUCAUGUCUAAGAAGAUGAGAAAGACAGUGAGAAAGCUAGCCAAAUGUUUCCCUACAGCUAUAGUGAGUGGCAGAUGCAGGGACAAGGUGUAUAAUUUUGUCAAAUUAGCUGAGCUAUACUAUGCUGGAAGCCAUGGCAUGGACAUUAAAGGCCCUGAAAAAGGUUCCAAAUCUAACAAAGAUACUGAAUCUGUUCUUUUCCAACCAGCUAGUGAAUUUCUUCCCAUGAUUGAUGAGGUUUAUAAACAGUUGGUUGAAACUACAAAAUCAACACCAGGUGCUAAAGUGGAGAACAACAAGUUUUGUCUCUCAGUACACUUCCGUUGUGUUGAUGAAAAGAAAUGGAGUGAAUUGGCACAACAAGUGAAGUCUGUUUUAAAAGACUACCCCAAGCUUCGGCUAACUCAAGGCCGAAAGGUUUUGGAAAUCCGUCCUACAAUCAAAUGGGACAAAGGGAAAGCCCUUGAAUUUUUGUUAGAAUCUCUUGGAUUUGCUAACUGUACCGAUGUCUUUCCCGUUUAUAUCGGAGAUGAUCGGACCGAUGAAGAUGCAUUCAAGAUAUUGAGGGACAGAGGCCAAGGUUUUGGUAUUCUUGUAUCCAAGUUCCCCAAGGACACUAAUGCAUCCUAUUCAUUACAAGAACCAGAUGAGGUCAUGGACUUUUUACGACGUCUGGUUGAAUGGAAAGAAUUAUCUCUAAGAACUCAGUCGAGAAUGUAGAAGAAAAUAAGACAGUGGAAGUAAAUAUUUGUGCACCCUAGCAAAGAAAUUGUAAAGGGGGGUGUGAGAUUAAAGUAGUAAAAUUAUUGUUUUAAGAUGAGAGAAAUGAUUAUAAAAGCUUUGUACAUCUUUGUAACUAGUUGGGGUACAAAGGGUCAAGUCUUGUAGCUUCAUAACUUGUCUAUUAAUGCAUAGGAAAGCAAUGGUUUCGGAUUAAUGUUA